AUGACCAACUACGCCGUUUUCGAGAAAUUCGACAAGGCAACAAUGCAAUGGUCUCGUUGGGUGGCACGUUUUGAGGAGACUGUAACGAUGCUUGAAGUCUCCGAGAAAAACAAAUCAUUGCUGCUUAUUUACAUGGGGCAAGAAACAUACGACAUGCUGUAUGACAAAUUAGCCCCAGCAACACCAGCGGAAAAAACUUACGCGGAAAUAAAAAGAAUCAUCUCUGACGUUUACGAUCCAGCACCAUUAGAGAUAAUGGAAAACUACCGAUUCCACCUACGCAAACAAAAUGAGAGUGAGUCAGUAGAAGAGUUUUCGAUAGCGUUACGGAAGUUGGCAAUAAAUUGCAACUUCGGCACAUAUUUGGAAACUGCAUUGCGAAACCAAUUCGUAUUCGGUCUGCGCAGCACACGGAUCCAGAAUCGAUUGCUGGAGACAAAGGAUUUAAAAAUGGAUGCAGCGUUAACUACGGCAAAAGCGAUGGAGCUAUCGGCAAAAGGCGGUGCGGAAAUUCAGCAGCAAAAAGACGUCAAAUCGCCAAUAAAUUACAUUCAGCAAAAGAAUAAGAAAGGCAAAAAGAUAACGAUCAUGAAUUCAGCAAAUUCAAAAGCAAACAAGACUAAAGUUGACGAGAUGAAAAGGAGCGGGUUCUGUUUUCGAUGUGGCAAAAGUGAACAUCGCGCUAACAAAUGCCCACACCAAAAUUCGACGUGCUCGUUCUGCAACGUGAAGGGUCAUCUAUCAUCGAUUAAUCACAAUAAGAACUCAAAAAUUUAUACACAACUAAAAGUAAAUCAUAUCCUUCUAGGUUUCGAAAUCGACAGCGGCUCUCCAGUAACGAUUAUUAGCAAAACAGAUAAGAACAAAUAUUUUCCUACACAGCAAUUGUUCCCGACGGACAUGAAACUGGUCAGCUAUUGUGGUUCGGAGAUUAACGUGUUGGGUUAUUUCAAUGCUUGCGUAAAUAUGAGCACUACGGUAAGUCCAGAUAUGAAAAUAUAUGUAGUGGAGUCAAAUAGAAAACCACUUCUGGGACGGGAAUGGUUACGUAAGUUGAAGCUGGAUUGGAACCAGAUUUUUAACGCGGACUACAAUGCGCAAGUCGUUUCAUCACUCCAUAAGCAUCAAGUAUCGGGGAGGAUAGAUUAUUUGAAACGAAAAUACUCCAAAGUAUUUGAAAAAUCGAUGGGUAAAAUUGAAAACGUACAGGCACGUAUCCGUCUACAGGCGAAUGUGGAACCGAUCUUUAUUAAAGCAAGAAAGCUACCGUUUGCAUUACGUGACGCGGUGGAAAAGGAGCUCGAAGAUUUGGAAAGGAAUGGCAUCAUAAAGAAAAUCGAUUCAGCCAAAUGGGCUACACCCAUCGUACCAGUUAAGAAGCAAGGCAACAAAGUGAGAUUGUGCGGCGAUUACAAAAUUACAGUGAAUCCGCGCAUAGUUGUUGAGGAGCAUCCACUUCCAACAAUUGAAGAGCUUUUUGCUUCCAUGGCUGGCGGACAAAAGUUUUCAAAGAUUGACCUCACCAAAGCCUAUUUACAAUUAGAAGUUCACCCGGAUGAUCGGGAAAUUUUAACGCUCAGUACACAUCGCGGGUUAUAUCAACCGACAAGGCUAAUGUAUGGCAUUUCGUCAGGACCAGCGAAAUGGCAGCGAGAAAUCGAGCAAAUUCUGAAGGAUAUAGACGGGGUGUCGGUAUUCUUGGAUGACAUAAAAAUCACUGCACCAAACGAUGAGAUACACUUACAGCGCCUGGAACUCGUUUUGUCUCGUCUCAACAAAUACAAUAUGCGUGUAAAUUUUGAGAAAUGCAUAUUUAUGGCAAACGAAAUUGAAUAUUGCGGAUACAAAAUCGACCGUUUUGGUAUACACAAAGUACAAGCGAAAAUAUACGCAAUUACACAAAUGCCACAUCCAGCUAAUAAAGAGCAAGUCCGUGCAUUCAUAGGGUUGGUCAACUAUUAUGGCCGAUUCCUGGCAAACUUGAGUACAACUUUAUACCCGCUGAACAAUCUACUCAAAGAUGAUGUGAAAUUUAUUUGGGACAGUGAUUGCAAGAGGGCUUUUAACGAAGUGAAAAAGCAAAUACAAACAAAGAUGCAUCUCGCGCACUACGAUCCGAAACUACCAUUAGUGCUUGCUACGGACGCAAGCCCAGUAGGUGUUGGGGCUGUAUUAAGCCACAUUUACCCCGAUGGAAGCGAGAAACCAAUACAGUUUGCAUCGCAAACUCUAUCACCGGUCCAACGACGGUACACGCAGAUCGAUCGUGAGGCGUACGCGAUUAUCUUUGGCAUCCGAAAGUUCUACCAAUACGUUUACGCUCGGAAAUUCAUCCUUAUAACGGAUAAUAAACCACUUGCACAAAUUCUAUCACCAAAAAAGGGGUUACCGACACUGUCCGCUACGCGAAUGCAGCAUUACGCCAUCUUCAUGCAGUCAUUCGACUACGACAUUCAAUAUCGCAAAUCAUCUGAGCAUUCAAAUGCGGAUGCACUUUCUCGACUACCGUUAGCGGAAAUCAAUAAGAAAAAAGAAGAAAUCGAAAUAAUCGAGAUAAAUGCGAUCGAAACACUACCAUUAUCGGUAGAAAAACUACGAGAAGCGACAAUGAAGGACAAGACAAUUCAAGAAUUAAAGAAUGGACUGAUGAAAGGCUACACCGUAAAACCUGAACAACGCUUCAACAUAGAUCAAACAGAGUUUACAAUUCAACACGACUGUUUGUUGCGAGGAUUACGCGUAUACGUACCCGGAGAGUUACGAAGCCAAGUUCUAGAUGAACUACACAUAGCACAUUUCGGCAUUACUCUGAAAAUUACUUCACAUGUGUGGGAGGCGGCCAAAUUUCCGUUUCAACGUGUACAUGUGGAUUUUGCUGGACCUGUCAUGGGGAAAUACUUCUUUCUCCUAAUUGACGCGUAUACUAAGUGGCCAGAAGUUUAUACUAUACCAAACAUUACUACGGCUAUAACUAUUGAUAAAUGCCGCGAAAUAUUUUCAAGAUUUGGAAUUCCUGAAGUUUUAGUAAGCGAUAACGGAUCGCAAUUUACAUCCGAAGAAUUUCGUCUCUUCAUGGAAAAGAAUGGCAUAAUACACAAACGAAGUGCACCGUAUCAUCCCUCCACGAACGGGCAAGUGGAACGGAAUGUCCAGACAUUAAAAAACAAAUUGAAGACAGUAAGUUGCAAUCAUUCCGACAUCGAUAAAGUAGUAUGCAACAUUCUACUAAAUUAUCGUCGAACUCCACACGCAACAACGGGCGAAUCACCAGCGUCGUUAAUGUUCAAUCGCCAAAUUCGUUCUCGUUUAGACAUAAUGCUACCAACAACGCUUUUACCAGAAAUUCCGAAAUGCGAAAUGAAUUCAAAGCUACGUAGACUACAAGUAGAUGACCAAGUGUCAGUUCGAGAUUAUACAAGCACAGAAAAAUAUCAGUUUGGCAUUGUCAUUGAAGUGCUGGGGAAGUUGCAUUAUAACGUUAAACUAGACGACGGUCGCAUUUGGAAACGACAUAUCAAUCAGAUUCAUAAAAUCGCCUCUAUUAAACCAACUUGGGAAGACCAAAUGAAGUACGACUACGGCGACCCUGGACCCGUAACACACACGCAUACGCAAACACCACAACAGCUCACCACAAUUCCGGCACAAGACGAAGAACAAAAUAUAACAAACGCGACACCAAUCGUUACUGGACCUGCUCCGAUUCCGGAACGUAGACCACAAAGACAAAUAAUGCCGCGCAAAAUGUUAACGUACGAUGAAGAGUUCAAUCAAGUACCAAACUGA